ACGCAGAAAUCAAUCAUAUGACUUCGACAAUAUAUUCAUGUAAUCAUAUGACUUCGAGAAAUAUCGAUUCGUGCAGGUAUAAGCUACUGGUAGAAUUCUGCUGUUUGAUGUUGUGCUGAACAAGCCGAUAACUUAGCCGGCAGUAUGGCAAAUUAUCCGAUCCCUACUGUAGAGCAAUUGGUGGACAAGGCUCGGCGAGUGCAUGUUGAAACCUUCGGAGAGAAAGGUCCUACUAUUGCCGUAUGUGCUCCAGGGAGAGUUAACUUGAUUGGAGAGCACACCGAUUACAACGAAGGAUUGGUCUUGCCUAUGGCUCUGCCUCUUGUAACUGUGGUAGUUGGCAGUCAGAUCUCAGGAAAAAAUGUCUCAGUGUUAACUGUGUCAGAGGUUUUGGAAGAAUCCAAAAGGGUUGACUUUGAUCUGCCAACAUCCACUGCACCCCUUCUGCCUGGGAAACCCUCUUGGGCUAAUUAUGUUAAAGGAGUGAUUCAGAACUACAGAGCACAUCCUUUGCCUGGAUUUCAAGCUGUUAUCAUCAGCAGUGUACCUUUGGGAGGAGGACUAUCAAGCUCAGCUUCACUUGAAGUUGCUUUUUACACAUUCCUUCAACAACUUUGUCCAGAUGAUCUGGACGAUGUGGCAAAGGCAAUGUCAUGCCAAAAGGCAGAACACACAUUUGCAGGUGUGCCAUGUGGUAUUAUGGACCAGUAUGUGUCUGUGCUGGGUAGAGAAGCUCAUGCACUGCUCAUAGACUGCAGAUCAUUGGAAGCUACACCAGUGCCUCUGGCUGACCCCAGUCUUGUGAUUCUCAUCACAAACUCCAAUGUGAGGCACUCUCUCACAGGGAGUGAAUACUCCACACGAAGACAACAGUGUGAGGAGGCUGCUACUCUGCUUGGAAAGAACAGUCUGAGGGAUGCUACCCUAGAGGACCUAGAAGCUGCUAGAGGUGGGAUAAACGAUGUGACAUACCGGCGAGCCUGCCAUGUGAUUGAGGAGAUCAAGCGCACUGCACAGGCUACUGUGGCUUUAAGACAGGAAGAUUACAAACAAUUUGGGAAGCUCAUGGUGGAAAGCCACAACUCACUCAGGGACCAAUAUGAAGUCAGCUGUAAGGAGUUAGAUGACCUGGUAAAUGCAGUCAUGGAGGUGACUGGUGUGUAUGGGAGUCGCAUGACUGGUGGGGGAUUUGGUGGUUGCACAGUGACUCUUCUUCAGGCCGAUGCUGUCAACCAAGCAAAACAACACAUCAUGGAAAGAUACAAUGGACAUCCGACAUUCUACAUCACAACUCCUUCAAAGGGAGCCCGGGUGCUCAGUCUUUGAACAGCAAACAUAUGAAAUGUUAGACCAUAACUCAGAAAAAUGAUUCUUUAUAAAUUGUCUUAUAAACCUCAAAACUUUUAGAUUUCCCAUUUGUUCUCCAAACUAUAAUAUAUUUUAUCAGUGAUGAAUAGAUUUAAAUUGACCAAAGUCCAGUAUAAAUGGUACAUU